AUGAUCUCACUAUGGUGUAGUGCGAAUUUAACCGCGAAUCACGUAACGCUCGGGUUACUGGGACCUUCGGUGUAUGGACUUUCAUUCUUGGAUUCGGCCAUGUGUUCGGUUUUUGGGAUUUCGGUGGGAGCGUUGUGUACGGCUUACAUGGCGACUUUUGGACCUCGGUCGGGGAAUCGAACUAUGGUGAGCUUUCAGGGAAAAUUUUUGGGGAUUGGAUAUCAUAUGGGGUGGUGGCCGAGUCGGAUUUGUGUGGUGCUGAAUUUGGUGAUUAUGCUUGGGUAUGGGAUGAUUGAUACGGUGGUUGGAGGGCAGAUGUUGUCUGCGAUUAGUGGUGGGAGUACGUCGAUUGUGGUUGGGGUGGUGAUCGUAGCGCUCCUCACUUACAUCCUCACCGUCUUUGGUCUUCCUAUCCUCCACGCCUACGAGCGUUACGGCUGGAUUCCGCAAGCCGUGAUGUUGCUGAUUCUGGCUGGCUGCGCUGGACCGUACUUCAACACUUCAGCUCCAUCAGUGGGCAACAAGGAGACAGUCAUCGCGAAUCGCCUGUCAGUGUUCGCGCUCUUCCUGUCCGCGCCCAGCGGUUGGGCUCCCGCAGGAGCCGACUUCUUCGUCUAUUUUCCAGAACGCACAUCAAAGAGGCUCACAUUCUUUCUGUGCUGGACGGGGCUCACGCUCGGAUAUGCCUUCACCGUCCUCAUCGGCACCGGCAUAGCCUCUGGCAUCAAGACGAGAGCAGCUUGGGCAGCGGCUCACAAGAUAAGUCCCGGUGCAGUAGUCGUCGCCGGCUUCGAACCUUUGGGCCGCUUUGGACACUUUUGCGCCGUGAUCGUCAUGCUCGGUGUGAUCGCCAACAACGCUCCAGGCACUUAUGCUUGCGGCCUCAGCUUCCAGUGCUUGGGGUCUUGGCCGUUAAAGAUACCACGAAUGUACUGGAACACACUCAGCGUGGUCAUUUACACGAUCUGUGGAGCUGUCGGACGCAACCAUCUCUACAGCAUAUUCCAGAACUUUCUAUCCUUGAUGGGCUACUGGGUGACCAUCUGGGUCGUCAUCACUCUGGAGGAGCAGUUGAUCUUCCGCCGCAACACUGGAUACAUUUGGGAGGAUUGGAAUGAUCGCAAGAAGUUGCCGAUCGGAUGGGCGGCUUUGGCCGCCUUCGUGAUCGGCUGGGUGGGAGCGGUCCUCUGCAUGGACCAAGUGUACUACAUUGGGCCCAUUGCAGGUUUGAUCGGAGAUUAUGGAUCUGACAUAGGCUUGUUUAUCGGCGCAAGCUGGGCGGCACUUGUGUUUCCCGGUCUGCGAUAUCUUGAAAAGAAAGCUAUUGGAAGAUAG